UUACCCACCAAUUGGCACAGCCCAGGAGCUCACCUCGAUGCUCUAAGUGCUCGACUAAUAAAUUUCAUCAAAACUCUCAGUUCCAGUACUUUUCCAGUCCAUGGAUCCAUUCCAGGUCUCCUCCGCCAACUCCAUUAUGGUGAAGCAGCCACAGAACGCUCUCAUGGUCGUGGACAACCGCCAGCUGCAGGUCUGGAACGGACCACCAAGUUUCCAGAACUUGCAACAGGAAGGCGCAAUUAUGGAGCUCACAGCCGACUCGGGAACACUUGAAUCCCCGCCAUCGUCCGCUUCGGCUUCACCUUCUGCAGUGCCACAAGAGCCCAAAAAGAAGCGAGUUGUCAAGAAACGCAAGGCGACACACACGAUUCGAAAGGAGCAGAAAGCGGCACUUGAAAAGGAGAUCGAGGAGCUACAGGCCAAACUAGAGAACAUUAAGUUCCGCGCACUGGUUCAACAGGGUGAAGUGUCCAGGUCUUACCAUGAUAAAACAGUGGAGAACGCGGUGCUGAAAGAAUCAAUCCAGGAUCAACAUUUGGUAAUGGCACAAGUGAGAGCGCUAUUAUCCGGUCAGAUGCAACACCAAAUGAGCGGCGUGAGACCCAUGGAAACGAGGAUCUGUCUGAGUGCAGAUAGAGAAGAGAGAAGACGAGUGCUGCAUGCAUUACGAGAAGCCAAACUCCGGGAAGCGAAGAGGUUCUUGUGUGCACGGAGCAGCGGCAUCAAACCGAACACUCCGUAUUUCCAGGAAGAAAGGUACGAGUCGGCGGACGGAGGCUACUGCAUCGCUAGAUUCGAGAUCACCCCGCUGUACGGCGUGAAAGGAGGCGUUCGUGCCGUGUUUGACGCGGUUUUACAGGCUGCGUUCAAUGUCGAGAUCAUUAUUUCAGAGACGUCGGGCAAUAUUACAGUGCGUGAGGACGACGAUAUGAACGACGAGAGCGUCUCGCAGAUGCGACUAGUCUCACAGACCAACCGGGGUGUGCUCGUAGAGAACAACCUAGUGCAUUUUACAGAAUACGCGCACGGAGAGAGCGGCAAAGGCUGCUACGCCGUCACAUCGACGGACUUUGUGGACGAGGACGAGCUGUAUCCGUACAGACCGCUGGAGCGAGUUCGACGUGACAUGACGGCGGCCAUGUUGGUGUCGUAUCUGGAUUCGCCCAAGAAAGGAGACAAGAAAGAGGACGAACCUGUGGUCAUCCUCAUGCGCUGGGCCUGUACGAAGAUCUGUCCUACGGACCUAAACAUCUCGCACGAGGCCAUGCUAGACAUGCGAGAGACUUCGAUCCGAUCGCAGGGCACCUACCUCAAUUGCGUUCGACAGACACUAGGUCUACCUAUAAUCACAAUCUAGAAAUCAAUUGAAGUUGGGCGCGUAAUAAUCUUAUUGUGAUUACUCUGGGUA